UUCAGAUCUCGAGAUAGACGUACGUUAUUGGUCUGAUAAAAUCGCGAGUGUUUCACGAGUUGAGGUGUGAUUUGAUCAGUUGUUUAAAAUGCCGCAAUUACAAAAUCGUUUCAUGAAUAACCUUAAUUGUAACUAAGGAAAUCCCUCUUUGAGUAAAAACAUUGCGUACCAGGAACUUUUUUAGUUGCUGCGUAGCUGUGGUCCCAGGUGGCAAUAAUUUCGCAUGCAAAGCAUGCGUCGAUGAUCACAUUCCGAACAUAUUAAGUGACAAACAAAAUGCUCAAAGUGAUCUUAAUUCUAGCGCUCGUUUCGAUCUGUGAGUGUGAACAGUGCGAUUUUAAUACGUCAGUGGACAUUACCGAUGGCAUUCGACUGAAUGGUGUAAUUACUUACAAUGGAUUCACUUACGACACUGCCGAAUACUUCCAUGACGCCCGCAGUGGCACUGAGAGAGGUUGUAUAUGCAACAAGAAGACGUGCAUAAAGAAGUGCUGCCCACCAGGUCAGGGUUACAAGAUAGUUGAGAAGCAAUGUGUCAACGUUGCUGAGGAGUUUAAUCCCAUCGUAUGGGAUGAAUACAGGAGAGUACAGGAUGAGAGUGCGAAAGAGUUGUUCCAUUUCAAUUCUGGGAAACCGAUUUGUAAGGAGAAUGAAGUACGGAUCCAAGUAUCGGAACCGUUUAGCGUGUUUAAUAUUGUGACGGAUGGUAAGCUGUUAAUCGAGACACCAAACACAAUACCACCUUGGACGGUGUUUGGCCCAGACAAGUAUUGUAUCGACACGUUCGUCUAUGAAGAUGAAAAGGGUGAUCGUACAUCUAAAUUAGACGCAUUAGUAUGCUUUGCCGAGGCCGCUCAUGAGGAACAUCAGUUGUUGAGCGUUGUAUGUAUGUUAAUCUCCUGUGUGUUCAUCCUCGUGACGGUGGCUGUGUAUUGCUGGUUACCAGAACUGCGGAACCUUCACGGAAGAGUCCUGAUUGCCUAUCUGCUGAGCUUGUUCGUGGGUUUUGUCUUCCUCUCCACUAUGAAGAUAUUACUUUUGAUCGACAACAUCUCUCAUACCUGUUGCGUCGUAUUUACAUUCAUCAUCUAUUUUUUCCUGCUGGCCGCAUUCUUCUGGUUGAAUGUCAUGUGUUUUGACAUUUGGUGGACGUUCAGUGGAAAGCGCGGCAUGACCAUGGAGAAAAUGUCGCUAAGGGCACGGUUCUGUGCAUACUCAUUGUAUGCGUUCGGAGGUCCCACCGCGUUCACUAUUCUGCUAGCUUCGUUGGAAUUUUCCGACUUAUCACCGCAUCCAUUGUUACCUUUGAUUAGGCAGCAGGGCUGCUUCUUAUACGGUAAAAGUCGACUUCUGUACCUGUAUGGUCCAAUCGUAGUUCUGUGUGUUUCAAACAUGGUAUUCUUUGUCUUAACUGCUAUGAAGAUAACCCAAAUUAAACAACAGACUUCGGUGCUGAAGUCGAAGGAAAGCGCCACUCACGACUCGCAUAACCAUGACAAACAAAGGCUUCUGCUGUAUGUCAAACUGUUCAUUGUGAUGGGAGUGAACUGGUUCCUGGAAGUUAUAAGCGCAAUUUACCCAAAAGCUGAUGUUCUCUGGAAAUUCACAGAUGCCUACAACGUCCUAAUAGGCCUUAUUAUCUUCAUCAUAUUCGUUUGCAAGAGAAAAAUCUUCCGCCUGAUUAAAAAGAGGAUCAAAGAAAGAUUUCAUCGAAGCGAUACAGAAUUGUGGAAUACGAAUCAUAUAAGUAGUAGCAGGAGUCAUUUUAAGGAUUAUCGUCAAAGAACGAGUAUGGAUUCAAUAAGAACAGAAAACGGUUCCAAUAAAGUUGUUCACACAACAAACAUAUAAAGACUGAUUAUAUCAUAGAUCUAUAUCCUUAAAAUAGAAAAAUGUUGAAACGUUUAAAUAAUAAGAAAUUCUUAAAAGUUAACUAGAAUAACGAAGAAUCCAGUGAUAACGAAAUCAAAGAAAAUUCGCUGGAAUGCAAAAAGACAUCUCAUACUAGUUAGAAUCUCAAUAAGAAAUCAUCUCAUCUCAAUUAGAAAUACGAAAUUACUACCAGUAUCGCAGAACCAAAAAAAGAAAUAGAUGACGAUGAACAAAACACCCCAGAAUCACACCAUAAAUACAAUAUUAAACAAAAAGAAACAAUAAAGAUAUAAACAAGUCCGCGGGCAGUCGAUGUCUCGAAGUCAAACAACGAGUUCUCGCACGUUCUCAUCAAAAGACGAAGUCGCCCUUACAUCGCUAAAGAAUAAUUAAGAAUUUCGUAUUUAAAGCAGCUUUUUCUCUUAUAAUUAAGCUCUCAAUGUUAAUUGUUAGUACUCAAAAAAAAAACGUAUUAGACGUAUAGUCCGCGCCAAUAAAUAAUUGAAUGCGUUAUCAGUAACAACAGUAUCAUAUCGUUUCAUUCCUACCUUAAUGAAAUGUAGCGUUCUAUCACACUCACUGCACUGGAUAAAUUAUCAGUACCAGUUUUUUUGGCGCGGGUUGUACUGUUAUUUACUAUAAGCUUCUGUAUGUAACAAAUGAGCCAUAUUUUUUGUAAUGUAGCUAAAAGACGUAAUAUUACUUAGAUCUGAACGUUUUGAAAACAUUUUUAUGCGUAAAAUAUGAUAUCAAUAAUCAUCAGUUUACAAUUAAUUUGUAAGUAAUGUGAUCUCAUUUGAUAAUAAAAUAAUAGUAAUGGUUUACUUUAACAUACAAAUAAAUAACAUGUACACAAACCCAGUGUAACUUUCUCAAUAAUCGUAACGAAUCACCUAUGUUUAAACUAAAGCUAAAAACAUUUAUAAAUCUACCUACCUAUAUAUAUGCAUACCUACAUUCGAAAAACACAAUCCACCCUCUUACAAAGCCGUUAAUAUAAUAUAGGUCACACAUUUGCACGAAUACGCAAACGCACAAGUGUAGGACAAAUGUUCUUCCAUAUAAGACAACAAACAUUCGUAGUAAUAUUUAAAACGGGCAACAUCCGAAUAUGUAGGAUUCUUGAUAUAGUAUAAUAUUUGUAUACUGUCUCGCUAUUAUACCUUUAAAAGACACUAGUUUACCGCCCGCGCGGCUGCCCGUAGUGAAGAGAAAUUGUAAUUCAAAUUACAGGUCGGUAAAAAAUAGCUUGUCUUUCUCGAUUUUUAACUAUCUCCAGAUACAAUGAUAAUAUAAAAUCAUUCCGUUGCGAAGUUAAAGAAAUUCAGACAAUGAUACACUUUUUCGUUAAUUGAAGUAAAGAUUUCCUAAAAUUAAUGUGUCACUAUUUGUCAUAUUCCCCGUACAUAACUAUUAAAACGAAACAUUAUACCAUACUGUUUGUUCGUAAGUCGAUUGUAUCGAUAGAUUUGUAAUCAAACAUUUUAUUUGUAAGGGUGUAUUAUUCAAUGACAGCUCUCAGUUAUAAAUUAACAGGGUCGCUUGUAACUAACGAUUUAAAUCACUAAAUCAAUGAACUAACUCUAAUCAAAACUAACAAAACUAUUCAUAUUUCCAUCCAUUUACAGACAGAUAUACUUUUUCAGUACAUUUACCACCGAGUCGCAGGACGGUGCACAUCCAGCUUUACUAAUGACAUCACCACAAGAAAAUGGUUGAUUCCAUUUUGAUAAUAUAUUACAAAUGCAAUGGAUUUAAAUGUAUAAAUUUAGCAUUUUCAAUCAUUAAAAUGAUUACCUACGUGAACUAAAUAUAAUAUUAUUUAUAUAAUAAUGAAUACAUUAUUUUGUAUUCUUCCUGGGUCUAAAUUACUCAUUUUUCCUCGUAUAAUGUAAUGAAACUGAUUUGUUUGACGAAGUCUAUGUAUGUAAAAAGACAAUGUUGAAACGCAGCUUAAUGUAAUAUUUUUUUUUUAUGUAACAUACUUUAUUAUUAUUAUUAUUUUUUUUGUAUUGUUGUUAAUAUUGGAUAUGUCAGGCUCGUCAAACAAGAAAUUUAAGUUAUACAGAAAUAGGGAAAAGAAAACAGUUGUGACAGUCGCUAUAAAAGGAGAAGAAGAGAUAUGACAUCCUACAAAAUUCAAUUAUUUGAAUGACGUGACGUGACGGGAAAAACUGUUAUCAGUUUUGAAAUACUUCAGAAAUAUGGCGUAAUGUCGUGUUUAUUUUUUAGAAAUUUCUUUUAGAUAGCAAUGCUCGAUCUGGAAUAUUGUCGAUCUCAUAAAAAAAAAACACUAAACAAAAUAAUCGAGAUUCUUUCGGGAAAAAAAAUCCAAAGCUAGGCCAAUUAUUGGGAAAAUAUGAACAACUUAUCUAUAUAUCUCAUGGAAUUGUGACAUGAUAUCAAUGUCAGCUAUCGCGACCCUUAAUUCGUACUAAAUAAAGUUUAAUUGAACCCGCUGGGCACACUUAUCGAUACUUUUUGGAAUGCUGGAAUUCAGAAUUUUCCUUCUUCUUUUUGUCUAUGGCACUUUCCCAUCCCAUUACUAAUCUCUGGUCAAUAUUUUUUCUGUAUAACUUAACUCUAAUUUAGGAAUUAUAUUAACAUGUACAAUUUUAAGUUGCGCAAAUGCGUUAACUAUCUAGUCCACAAAUAAGACAAUUACAUGAAAUUAAUAAAUAUGAUUUAACUUUUAUUUAGCCAAGUUUAAGUAUUAGGUUAAGUUAUAGUAUAAGCUUAUUCCAGAGCGUCGAUAUUUCCUUAGAUUUUUGAUUGAAGAACCACUGCUAUGUUAUGUACUUAUACUAAUAUAAUUCAAAUCUCUGUUUCAAGAGUUGAUAAUUUAAAUAAACGAUGUUUAAAUAAAACUAUCACAAGAAAUGUUACAUGCUCUCUAUACAUGUUUAGGGGGUUACCGUAUCGUCUUCAAGCAGUUAUAAUUCAAGUGUGGGAAAAGGACAGUGUAUAUUGAAUAUAGUCUACGGCCUCCACAUUUUCACACUGGAAUCAGUACUGCUUUAAGUCGACAUGGUAUUAGAAGCCCUCUCAAGUCUUGUUAUUUGGUGCUAUUAUUUUUUACAUAGUUUCAAAGGAAAAAAUUGGAAUACGUAAUUUAGUGUAUACCUAAUACAAAUACUUCAUCGUCGGUCUAUGCUUUUAAUAUUAUUGUUAUAAUUAUAAGUCUAUCUCACGACUUCUGAUAUUCAUAUAAAGAUAAAAGUAAAACGAGAAGACAAUUCGAAAUAAAUAACUUUGAAGGAAAUGAAAAAAUAUUAUUAAAAAUGAUUUAUUGUAACAAGUCCUUACUAAGUAAUGCACAAGCGUCUAUUAUACGGCGUUAGAAAGAUGCAGUAAGUAUAAAUUUGACUAUAAAAUAUUAAUAUCACUACCAAAAUGAUAAAAAUAUGUUCCCACACAUAUACCUACUUAAUAGCAUGCGGAAAUAUACCUACAAAAAUUGAAAUUGAAAACCUAAUUUUGAAAAUGAUUUCAUUGAAUCUUAAGAAGUUUUUUAUAGGUUUACUACACAUUUUAAAUAAUGACCAAUCGAAAAUCAGGUAAACGCCCGACUCGCAUGCAGUCGGGUCGAUCUUACACUGGGUAAGUUUCAAUAGGUGCUUGCCUUGCCUUACCUUCCUGGAUAGAUAAGUUUAGGUGUUACAGAUAAAAAAAAAUCUGUCAUUCCAUUCGAAAGCUUUUCUUUUGUAUGACUGGUGUUGACACGUGUUGGCGAGUAAUAAUAGAGUGAAGAGAAGAUCAACGCGGAAACAAUUGAUUUAUAUUCAUCUCUGUCUAACUACAGGUACGUCUUAUAAUUUGUCUCUAUCGUGCGAAGCGUCUUCUACAAAAUAAUUGUUCGUAGUUUUAGUACCACUUUUGCCAUUAAAAAAAAAAUACAAUAUUUUUGAUAUAUAGACCUAUCAUAUAAAUGUGCAAAUGCUGAGUUUAAGUUUUUUAAAUAAUCUUUUUGAUACUUUUUAAAUUUGUUUUUUGAGACAUUGAUAAAUAAAUAAUUGUAAGACACAGUAAAUCUUCACCAGCGAUAAAAAAAAAAUAAAAAAUAAGUUAAAUUUGUCUUCGCUGAUGCUUUUUUAAACUUGAGUAUAUAUGCUUAGACUUAAGGCACGUACUAUUUGCAUAAUAUUGUGUAAUGCCCGCAUUUAUGAUGAAAUUGUUUGUUAUCUAUUAAUUAAAAAA